UUACGUGGGGGACCCAUCACCUCACAACUUUCUUUCUCCUUCGGAUUGCAAAAAAAAAAAACUAGAGAUAGAGAGAGAAGCGAAGCGAAGCAGCAAGGAAACAACAGUCUUCUUCAAUGUCGGUUUUCAACUCUAAAAACACAACGAAUCAACGAUGGAAGAUGACACAAAAGAUGAAUCCACGGUGGCUGGGAACUGCCCCACCGCACCGCCUUUCUCUCCCCCAGAUUUUUUCUUACAUAUCUCACUAACAGUUUGUCGGUUACAUCCUCCCCUAAACCUUUAUAAACCCCAUCAUCUUCCCCUUAAUCCAUUUUCUUAAGUAAACUCCUUUGAUUACCACACCCACUCCCAUAAGUUACUUCUCUUCCCUAAACCAAUAUAACUUCUAUAUUUAUAUUUUUUCAAAUGAGCCCAGAGAAGGAUGGUGUUUCCAUACCUCUCCACGUCGACAUAACAGACGUGGCUUCUCCACUCCCCAUGCCGCUAGACAUCUUGCACGGGAACCCAAUCCCGCCGUUUCUAUCCAAAACGUUCGAUUUGGUGGAUGAUCCGAGUCUCGACCCGGUCAUAUCUUGGGGGCUGACCGGCGCGAGCUUCGUCGUCUGGGACCCUGUGGAGUUCGCCAGAAUCAUACUCCCGCGGAAUUUUAAACACAACAAUUUCUCCAGCUUCGUCAGACAGCUUAACACUUAUGGAUUCCGGAAGAUUGAUACCGACAAAUGGGAAUUCGCCAACGAGGCUUUCCUUAGAGGACAGAAGCAUCUUCUCAAGAACAUUCACCGUCGCCGUUCGCCACAAUCCAACCAAGCUUGCAGCAGUAGCAUCACCAGCCAACAAAGCCAAGGGUCACCCACCGAGGUCGGAGAAGAGAUCGAGAAGCUGAGGAAAGAGCGCCGCGCGUUGAUGGAAGAAAUGGUUGAGCUUCAGCAGCAAAACAGAGGCACUGCUCGUCACGUGGACACUGUGAACCAGAGGCUGAAAGCUGCUGAGCAGCGGCAGAAGCAGAUGCUCUCUUUCUUGGCUAAGUUGUUUCAGAACCCAGGCUUCUUGGACCGCCUCAAGAGCCUCAAAGGAGAAGGAGGGGGUCUUGGAUUCGAAAAGGCGAGAAAGAAGUUCAUCAAGCACUCCCCAACAGGAGGGGAGAUUGUGAAGUAUGAAGCUGAUGACUGGGAGAGACUGUUAAUGUCAGAGGAAAAAGACACUGAGAACAUUCUACCCUCAAACCAGGGGAUGACUUCAACCGAUCCAAAAGGGAAGAACCUGAUGAAUCCAUCAGAAGAAGAAACAAUGAAUCAAGAUUACUUCUUACCUUUUCCAACUCCUGAAGGACUUAUCAAACAAGAAGAGACUUGGAGCAUGGGUUUCGACACUACAAUACCGAGUUUCAGCAACGAGGAUGUGUGGGGAAACACAAUGGACUAUAAUGUCGCAGAGUUUGGUUCUGUUCCAGAAACAUCAAGUGGUGGUUGUUUGCCUGAUGUAUGUUGGGAACAGUUUGCUGCAGGGAUGACAGAGACUGGAUUCAACUGGCCACCUGGUGAUGAUACUACUCCAAUGGAUGAUCCUUAAGACCUUUCAUUAUAUAUUUUAUUAGACCAAUCACCCGUUUAUUAUCGGGUGAAUUAUUAAUUAAUUGAUUGUUUAUUUUGAGAUGCACCUUUAUACAUAUAUAAAUAAUGAUUUUGCACUUUUUA